AAAUUUAAUUUGAAAAAAAAUCCAUAUAAAUUGAAAACAUUUUUCGAUUGAAAUCAAUCUUGGGUUAAAAAAAAAAAUAAACCAUGUCCUGGCUACCAAGAUUUGUACGUGAUUAUCAAUGGCAAAAUCUAACCAUUCUACAACAAUAUGGUCCAAUGAUUUUGAUUGAACAUCAUCAACCAUUACAACAGCAACAACAAUCAACACUUCAGCAGCCACUUCAUCAAAUCAAAGAACCAAUUUUUGAUAUUAUCUAUCAAAUGAAUCCAUCAGCAACAACAACAACAACAACAACAACAACAUUGGGGUUAAUAAAUACAACUACUACUAAUGUAAUUAAUAAUAAUCAAGAUGUAAAUAUAUUAUGGCAAACUAAUAAUCGAAAUGAUGCAAUUGAAAGAUUUAAUUAUUUAGAACGAAUAUUGAAUGUUACAUUUAGUAAAUCAAUGUUAACAAAAACACGUUGUAUUCGUUUUAUAAUGAAUCAAUUGAUACCAUUAAUGAUUGAUCAUCCAAAUUGGCUUGAUAUUCAUAUUGCAGCAUUUUUUGGUCUAACGGAUUAUUUUAAAAAAUAUUCAUUCACACCGAAUCAAAUUAAUAUACAACGUGAACCAGAUAAUUUUACACCAUUACAUUUAGCAAUAAUGCGUCAAUAUGAUUCAAUUGUUGAUCGAAUCGCUCAGAAUAAACCGGAUUUAACACGUAUGGAUUUUGAAGGAAAUACCCCAUUGCAUUUAGCCGCAAUGUUACCAAAUAAUUUAAAAAUAUUUAAAAUAACAACAUCAUUGCUGCAAUCAUUAUCGACAACGAUUGAAUAUAAAAAUUAUGUUUUACAAUUAAAAAAUCGUUCCGGACUGACACCAAUCGAUAUAAUUGCUAGGAAUCUGCGUAAAGAUUAUUUUGUACACCUAAUGAAACAGAUAGGGUUAACAGCUCGAAUGUUGACAAUAAUUAUUGUUCGUUCGGAAAGUGAUCAUCAAUUUCUGCAAAUGGUUGAUAAUGAAAAAAUAAUUCCAUUCACCGAUUCCGAUAUAUCGGAUAUUGAUUUUCAACGUAUUGAUUCAGGUGGUUGUCCAUUACAUUGGAUAACACGUGCAGAAACGAUGAAAAAAUUCUUACUAAAUUUUCAUAUGGAAACAAUAAAUUUUCGUCAAGAAACACCAUUAAUAAUGGCUAUAAAAACAAAUAAUUUUAAUUGUUCAUUAUGUUUAUUGUUGAAUGAUGCUAAUCCAAAUCAUUCAGAUUUAAAUGGUGAUUUAACACUUCAUCAUGCUGUACGUUUAUCCAAUCAAUUAUUAGUAAAAUUAUUAUUAAUAUUUGAUGCUAAUAUUAACCAUCGUAAUCGAACUGAACAAUUAGAUCCAUAUCAAUUGGCAACAAAACGACAAGAUCAACAAAUGGUUAUAUUAUUAGAUUCAUAUAUGGAAGCUAGACAACAAUCAAUUAUUAUUGAUGAUGAUGAUGAUAAUGAUCAAAAUUCAAUUAGAAAUUUAACAAUGGAUGUUGAACAACAAAAAUGUUGUCAUUAUUUGAAUAUAUCGAAAAAGAAUCGUAAAGGGUUAAUUGAUCAAUCAACAUCACCAGGAAAGAAAAAGAAGAGAAAAAAAUCCAGAUUAAUUUGUUUUGAUGGUGGUGGAAUUAAAGGGUUAUUUACAAUACAAAUAUUGAUUGAAUUGGAAAAAUGUUUGAUUCAAAAACAAAAACAACGUAAUCGACAACAGCAAAAACAACCUGGUCAACCUGGUCAGCAACAACCGGGAAAACCGGGAAAAAAACCGGAAAAAAAAUUAUCCGAUUAUUUUGAUUGGAUUGCCGGCACAAGUACCGGUUCGAUAAUUGCCUAUUGGUUUUCACAACGUAAAUCAUUAACCGGUUUACGUUUACUGUAUUUUCAUUUUAAAGAUAAUGUUUUUCAUGGUAACCGACCAUAUUCUACUGAAAAAUUAGAAACAUUAUUAAAAACUAAAUUAAGCGAAGCAAAUAAUAUUAAUCAAACUGUUGGUGAUAUUUGGAAUGAAUCCGGUAAACAUUUGAUCAUUUCUGCAAGUCGUGUUGAUUGUUUUCCACCACGUUUACAAUUAUUCUGUAGUCAUCAUCGUUUCACUGGAUCCAAGAAUAAAAUCCUAAUAUGGCAAGCAUUACGUGCAUCAUCUGCUGCACCGACAUAUUUUCAACAUUAUCUACCAUAUAUUGAUGGUGGUCUUAUGUCAAAUAAUCCAACCUUGGAUGCCUUAACCGAAUAUUUUCGUUAUCAACAACAUGGUGGCCAUGAAAACCUAGACAUGGUAUUAUCGAUUGGUUGUGGUUUUCUGCAACAAAAUGAAAUGAAAAAAAAUUUCUCUGCUGCAUUUGAUAAAUUCAAUUAUUUUCUUGAUUUUCGUUCAUUUGUAAAUGAUUUUUCAUAUCGUUUACAUCAUCAUCAACCAUGGACAUACGGUAAUGAAUUAGCAUCACAUAUGAAAAGUCAAGUGACAAAUUGUAAUGAUCAUAUUGUAUUACGUUCACUAACAUGGUGUUCAUGUUUAAAUAUUACAUUUGGCCGACUGAAUACAUUAUUAUCGAAAAAAAUACCAUUAGAUGAAUCACGUAAUGAUGAAUUAAUAUUAGGUUUAUGGGAUAUUUAA